UUUGUCAUAUAAUCAGUCCAAAGCUCAUGAAAUGGAAUGAUAUUUAAUUAAAUCCACUUUAAAAGUCAAUUACAAGACAUAGAUUUCAUUUUAAACACUCCCAUUGUUUGACCAAGACAGAUUUUAGUUGGGGUGUAUAAGUGAAAAAUGCGUGGCAGCUCUUCCAUCUGUGUAAACAAUCAUCUAUUCACAAAUGGUCACUAUAUCAGUAAAGUGCAUUUUAACAAUUGUGUAGCGAUUUUGAAAAUGUCUCUUUGAAUGAUGAUGAGGCCUUUGUUUACAAUAGAACUGAAUACAAUGAAUGUAUUGCAGUGUAGCUUUUAUAGCACACGUUGGGCAAAUCUUUUCAUAUUAUGUAUAAUUUCAUAUGAAUGUUUUCCUCAAAUGUUGACUUUAUAGUGAAAUUUUAUUCUUUAUUGGGGCCUGCACUUCGAUAAUGUACAUUUGAAUAUAGACAAAAAAGGUUAGUCAUUGAAAACGGCAUGUUCAAAGCAUAAAGAUUGAAACAAUUUGUUGUCGUUGUCUUUACAAGUUUCAAUUUUUACUGUUAAGUGUUCAAAACGUUUAUGUAAAUUACAAACUUUUGAUUGAUUGAUUUACAGAAAUUACUAGAUAAGAGUUCUUUGUUAUACAAGUAAAUAUUAGCCUGUACAUCAUGAUGCAAAUGUCAGAUGAGAUAAAGUUACAAAUAUUUUUAUAAAUCAAGAAAUUGAUUUCUGAUUUGGGCGUUUUAUUCAUCAGACAAGGACAGAUAUACGUUAGUUUCAGUGGCAUCAACAUUAACGUUAUGUGGCCCAAGCUUAACUUCCGGUAGACCUCUGCAAAGACCACAACUGUCGAGUAUUUUUAAUUUAAUACAAAUAAAAUAUCAUAAAUGAAUAUAAUUAAAAUAAAUUGUUUUAUUAUAACCAAACACGGACUGGAAUUGAACUUCGGGCCAGGCGCGACGUGCGUUCAAUGAAACCGUCAAUAAGAAAAUUUGUAUAUAAACCGCAAUUUAUAAAAGUAAUGUAAUAACUCUCACACAACAUUACAACGAUAACAAAAGUUCAUGCCAAAAUACAAUGGUUACUUAUUCUUUCUGCAUUACAUUGAUAUAUUUACGAUCUUUUUCAAAAAUUGUUAGAUGAUUUUAAAGUAUUUCUGUGAACAUGAAAAAUUAACAUAACACAAGUUUUUUUUACUACUGUCACCAAUGCAAAUUUCUCCAAGUACAUAUUUGCUGGCCGGAGCGCUCCAGAAUGGGGCGUGGACUCCAAAAUUGGGUGGUAACCUCCAAAAGGAGGCGGAGUCGCCACUCGCACACAAAACAAAGAUAAGAAAACAACAAUUAACCUACUAAACAUCAGGGUCUUCUAAUAGCUCAAAUUCUUCAACCAAUUUAAAUAAUUUUCUUCCAACUUUCGAUUUAAUUUUACUUAAAAGAUUUACAGUAAUUCCAAAAUUCUUUUUGAAAGGGAUGCACACACCCCUCUCGAUUUCUGCACAGGUAACGUUGCCGUCCUCCAGUCCAGCUGGUGGCGCUACAGUUCUUCUGUGUUCCGCCAGUGAUCCGUGUAAAAGAAGAGGAGGCCUGUUUAAUUUUUCGUCCUCUUGGUUGCUAAGUUCUCCUCCCCUGAAAGCGUCUCGUUUGACACCGAGCUCAUGUCGAAGGACAGCCGGCACGAUGGUCGCCGGCGCGGCGCGGGUCAGCAGCACCGGCUCGGUUUGAGGUCGGCUCAGAGCGGGGACGGGAGAGACAGAUCGGGCAGUAACAGCUCCGGGUCGUCUCACGGAGGAGGGAAAGCCAGGAAUACGCCCAUCAACAUUGCUCUAAAGACAUCUUUCCAGCGGUCCAACAGUCAUGACAAGGUGAGGAAGAUUGUAGCUGAGGAAGGCCGGGCUGCUCGCAACCUCAUUGCCUGGAGUGUCCCGGUGGAGAACAAAGAGGAAGAGGGUAAAGCGAAACAUCACAUUAACAGCAAUGCAAAAGCUCAGCGAAUCAACUCUGGGGUCCACAGGAACAAAAAACAGAACACAGCGCCAGACUGUAAACCUGGACCCGGGUCGAUAUUAGACAAAGGAGCCGAGAAGAGUCCCACAAAAACCAGACAGCCACGAAAAGUGGACCUGAGAGCACGAUACUGGGCCUUUCUGUUUGAUAACCUGCGACGGGCGGUGGAUGAGAUUUAUGUCACAUGUGAAUCUGAUCAGAGUGUGGUGGAGUGUAAGGAGGUGCUGAUGAUGUUGGAUAACUAUGUCCGAGACUUCAAAGCUCUAAUCGAUUGGAUCCAGUUGCAGGAGAAGCUAGAAAAAACAGAUGCUCAGAACAGGCCAACGUCUUUGGCUUGGGAAGUUCGAAAGAUGUCACCAGGACGGCAUGUGAUGUCCAGCCCGUCAUCCGACCGGAUUGUUCCAUCACCUGGCGUUCGUCGUGCACUCAACUUUGGAGGUCCCCCGCCCACCCUGGCUGUGGCACAUCUCUCCCACACUGGACCCAGCUGGGCCGAUCGGGUCAAGUCUUCCCAGUCACUUCCUGUCCCCAGUCAAACAAGCAAUAUUCCCACUGUAAAGACAGCAAAGAAAGACGCAGAGGGCUGGGAGACAGUUCAGCGCGGGCGUUCGAUGCGGCCUCGCUCCAUUGCCAUGGUGGCCAAGGUAAGCCCUGUUCUGGCCCAAGUGAGCUCUAAAGACGACAGCGACAAGGAGAACCAGCAGCUUCAUCUGUCACCGCAGGACAAACCUCAGGAGGUGGGGGAACAAGAGCAACCUCUUCCCCAGGAGCAGAGCCAGGACAAGACCCCUGUCAUCGAGCCCCCCGCAGAAAAUGUCGAAGAGCCAGGCCAGAGCGUCAACACGACAUCCGAGGACACGGCAUCCCCUACUCCGCAGUCCCAGAGCCCGAUACUGGUCUCCGCUCCAGGUCCUGAUCCUCCGAUGGUUUCCCAGUUGGAGGAGCCAGUGACUGGGCGGGCCCAGGGGGAGCAGGGGAGGGAGGGGUUGGAGUGGAAGGUCGCGCCAUCGGAAGAAGCGGCAGCAGUGGUCCACCUUCCCCUGGCAGCGGUGAAACUGGAGAGCAUGCUGGACCCCACAGAACUAUCCACCCCCCAGUCUAUGGCUGAAGUUUUAGCUAAGAAGGAAGAGCUGGCCGACCGCCUGGAAAAAGCUAACGAGGAGGCCAUCGCGAGCGCCAUCGCUGAGGAGGAACAGCUGACGCGGGAGAUCCAAGCGGAGAACAACGAACUGGAAACUGACAACGAAAGCGACUUCUCUGCAAGUAUCGGAAUUGGAAGUUAUGGCCUGAACUUGGACUGGAGCGAAAUGUUAGCUGAUUAUGACGCUCGGGAGCCCUGGCGUCAGAGCACCUCAUGGGGUGACAUAGUUGAAGAAGAACCAUCACGUCCACCUGGCCAUGGCAUCCACAUGCAUGAGAAACUGUCUUCUCCUUCACGUAAACGAACCAUCGCAGAAUCAAAGAAAAAGUAUGAAGAGAAGCAACUUAAAGCCCAGCAGCUCCGAGACAAGCUCCGAGAGGAGAAGACGCACAAACUGCAGAAACUCAUAGAAAGAGAGAAGGAGGUGAGUAAAUGGAAAGAGGAGCUGUUGGAUCAGAGGAGGAGGAUGAUGGAGGAAAAGCUGCUUCAUGCUGAAUUCAAGCGAGAGCUUCAGCUACAGGCCAUCGUGAAGAAAGCGCAGGAAGAGGAGGCAAAGGUGAAUGAGAUCGCUUUUAUCAACACUCUGGAAGCCCAGAAUAAGAGACACGACGUACUGGCUAAGCUAAACGAAUACGAACAACGACUCAACGAGCUACAAGAGGAACGCCAGCACAGACAGGAAGAGAAACAGGCCAGGGAUGAAGCCGUCCAGGAGCGCAAGCGGGCGCUGGAGGCCGAGCGACAGGCUCGCGUGGAGGAGCUGCUGAUAAGGAGGAGAGAACAGGAGACGAGAAUCGAACAGCAGCGGCAGGAAAAGGAGCGAGCGAGGGAAGACGCGGCACGGGAGAGAGCCAGGGACCGCGAGGAGCGUCUGGCUGCGCUUAGUGCAGCUCAACAGGAAGCCAUGGAGGAACUACAGAAGAAAAUCCAGAUGAAGCAUGACGAGAGCAGCCGCAGACACAUGGAGCAAAUCGAGCAGAGAAAAGAGAAGGCGGCCGAGCUGAGCAGUGGCAGACACGCUAACACAGACUACGCACCCAAACUCACACCUUACGAACGGAAGAAACAAUGCUCGCUCUGUAAUGUUGUGAUCACCUCUGAAGUCCACCUGUUCAGUCACAUUAAGGGAAAGAGGCACCAGCACGCCGUACGAGACAGCAGCAGCAUUCAGGGGCGCGAGCUAUCUGAUGAGGAGGUGGAACACCUGUCUUUAAAAAAAUACAUCGUAGACAUAGUGACGGACAGCAGCGUACCCGCCGACAACGCCAGAGAAGGAGAGGAGAGGCAGAAAGCUCGGAAAAAGGCCAAGAAACUGCGGGCACGCAUGAACUCAAGGGCUAAGGAGUAUGAGACGUCCAUGGAGGCUAAGACACAGACCCCCGACUCUCCAUACAAGGCGAAGCUUCAGCGUCUGGUGAAAGAUCUAGUGAAGCAGCAGCAGGGACAGGACAGUGGCCAGUGGCCGAGUAAAAAAGUGUCCGGCCUAGACAGAACCCUGGGAGAAAUCUCCCGCAUUUUGGAGAAACAGAAUGAUGCAGAUCAGGUAGCAUUUCAGGUUGGAGGGGGGUUGUCUGCUCUGGAGCAGAUCCUACAGGUCAUCACCACUGUCUCUACUCCCACUUCGGUCCCCCGUAUUCCUCUCAAGUCCCUCUGCGCUGCUGUGAACACAUAUUACCUGUCAUGUGCACACUGCCUCAACAACUGUUCCUAUGUUCUCUACAGCAACAAAAUUAUCUUUCUCAUGGACCUGCUGCUCCAUCAGUUAACGCUCUUCGUGCCAGAUGAGGACAAUAGCAUCUUCGGCCGCAGCGUGAAUAAGCAGAUCUUUGAGGGUUUGAUGACAGCUCUUCUGCAGACGGUCGCUACAGUCCUGGGACAGCUACAGCUGCCGAAAUCAGAUGGAGAGUCAUCACGUGUCUGCAGUCCGGACAUCAAAAGCAAAACAGCCUCCAAUGACAACUUCAAUACACGUGUUCACGAUCUCAUCAGUUACGUGGUGAACAUGGGCUUGAUCGACAAGCUGUACGGCUGUUUCUUGUAAGUGCAAGGGCCAAUCGACGAGAGUCCCAAGAUGGCCGCCUUCCUGGAACAAGCCACAGCGUUCCUCCAUGGGAUGUGUAAACUGUGUUUUGCUGUGACUAGUCGUUCUCUUAGCAUCUUCGACAAAAAGCGUCAGGACCCCACCGGGUUGACGGCCCUCCUGCAGAGCACUGACCAGGUGGGCGUCAUCAACAUGCUCUACUGCAUCCUGCUGCACAGUG